UUAAAAUUGAGGCGGAUGGAGAUAUGUAAUGGGCCAAAGCAAACAAUAUCUAUUAGCGUGGACGGUGUUCCAGUAAAGACGUUGGACCUCCCAAAACCAUGAGAUAAGGGCGAUGCAUAACGGGUCAAAAUGGGUGUGGGACCCAUAUUCACAUUCCCAACCUACUAGACGAAUGAUGCAAAGUUGGAUGAAAUACCUGGAGCAUGGCGGAGAUCCAGUGGCGGCGGACGGUGGCAGUGACUCCGAUGAAGGUGGCGAGUGGCUGAGUUUUAACCUUGUACCAUAACCAAGCAUGAUAGGUGAAGGUGAGGAGAAGACCAAGAGGAACAAAUAUGGCGUCCAAAUAAUAGUUCUUCCAUUCCAUUGAAUUAGCUUUCUUCUUCUUCUUCUUCUGUAAUUCUGUACGAGGCUGUGGUUGAUUCUUCUGAUCUUUGAUUCAAAUAAAUAUUGUGGAGUGAUCACUUUGUCUCAUUUACCAAAUUUUUUAUUCUUCCCUUUUGCAUUUUAGUCCACCCUUUAGUUAAUCAUGGAUUUGUAUACUUUCCCAACUGCGCCCAUCUAGAUCUACCUUCACUUUUCAAAUCUCUUCAUGCUCGUAAACCAAAUGUGUAAAAGGGUGAACGGGAAGAGAGUCACUGGAUCGAUUGAGUUGAAUGAUUUCUCCGAUGAGGGGUAGGCCAAAGUUGGGCAUCAUCAUGGAGAUGUAUUCUUUACUUAUAAGCUCAUGAUCAACUACUUAAUUCGUGGAAAUGAGACCCUUUUCCAACAAUUCUCAACGAUCCUUCCCUCGAACAAAAUACAUCAUAGAGCUUCUCUCGAGACCUGUAGAGCCCUUGAACAACCUUAUCUUAAUCAAGACUCGAUUCCUUCUCUAGAGCCUUCGAACAAAGUACACCCUUUGUUCAACACUUGCGUCAUUUUUUAACUACACCUUUGAGGCUCACAACUUCUUUGUUCGAAAUUUAAGGAUCCUAUUGAUAUGACUAAGUAAGCUUAUGAUCAACCCGUUAAUUAGUUGACGUGUGUCUCCUUUCCCAACCAUCCUGAAACAUUUUAAACAUAUUUUUAAUGUAGCAACCAGAGUUGGGUCCAUAGAAAUUCGUCAUGAAUCACGUUGUUGAGCUAAGUACAAUAACAAUUCUUAACUAUUAUCGUCGACAGUGCACGUUGACAAAAAAACAAAGCUUUCCCCUUUAAUAAUCACUCUCUUUAACCCAAAAAAAGAUGUGUUUGUUAUAUAUUCGCAAGGAUUUGGACACUUGAUGAAUUACAAAUGCAAAUCAAUCUGACGUUGGCAGUGACGAUUGCCGAAUAAUGUGCAUACAACACAUCAGUCUUGUUUAAAAGCUUGAUUCUUGUCUCUGUACAUAGAAAGUUAUAUCAGGCCUCUGUUUCGGCGGAGAUGGAGGCGGCGCCACUUCUGAGCGACAGCAGCAGCGGAGGAGACUAUGCUCCGGCGAGAACCUUUAAGCAGUUCAAGCGUAUCGUGUGGAGUGAGACAGUGAAGACUUGGACCAUCUCCGGUGCGGUCAUUUUUCAGAUCGUUUGUCAAUAUGGAACCAACUCUGUUACCAAUAUCUUUGUGGGUCAACUCGGGGAGCUUGAGCUCUCUGGAGUUUCCAUUGCCAUCUCUGUUAUUGCCACUUUCGCUUUCGGUUUCAUGUUUGGAAUGGGAAGUGCAACAGAAACACUGUGCGGCCAAGCAUUUGGGGCUGGACAAAUCCACAUGCUGGGUGUGUAUAUGCAGAGAUCAUGGGUCAUAAUGUUCGUAUGUGCCUUAAUAAUCACACCAGUCUAUGUCUUUGCCACUCCCAUUUUGAAGCUUUUGGGGCAACAAGAUGAUGUCGCAGAACUGGCUGGGAAUUUCUCUCUGCUCAUACUCCCACAGCUGUUCUCCUUUGUGUUGGCUUUUCCAACCCAAAAGUUUCUGCAGGCACAGAGCAAAGUGUGGGCGUUGGCCUGGAUUGGCUUUGGGGCUCUUCUGGCUCAUGUUUUCAUGUUGUGGCUGUUCAUUUUUGAGUUCGGUUGGAGCACCACUGGGGCUGGUCUGGCUUUGAACAUCUCUGGGUGGGGGCUUUCCAUUGCUCAAGUAAUUUAUGUGAUGGGUUGGUGUAGAGAUGCUUGGCAGGGAUUCUCUUGGUUGGCUUUUAAGGACUUGUGGGGAUUUGUUAAGCUCUCGUUUUCCUCUGCUAUUAUGUUCUGCUUGGAGAUUUGGUACAUGAGUAGUAUCAUUGUUCUUGCUGGCCACCUUCCAAAUGCUGUCAUUUCCGUUGAUUCACUUUCCAUUUGCAUGAACUUGAACGGAUGGGAAAAUAUCAUUUUCAUUGGAAUCAAUGUCGCCAUGAGUGUUAGGGUCUCUAAUGAACUUGGAAAAGCACGGCCUCGAGCUGCGAAGUACUCGGUCUAUGUGACAAUCGCAGAAUCUCUUAUUCUGGGGCUCCUUUUUAUGGUGCUGAUAUUCUUUGUAAAGGAUCAUUUUGCUGUCAUCUUUACAAGCAGUGUAGCUGUGCGGAAAUAUGUUGCCAAAUUAGCCUAUCUUCUUGGCAUAACCAUGGUUCUCAACAGUGUCCAACCAGUCAUAUCAGGUGUGGCCAUUGGAGCUGGAUGGCAGGCAUUGGUGGCUUACAUAAACUUAGGCUGCUACUACAUUUUUGGUCUCCCUCUCGGGAUUGUCUUAGGUUACGUAGCAAAGUUUGGAGUGAAGGGGCUUUGGAGCGGAAUGAUAGCCGGGAUAGCGAUGCAGACGAUUCUGCUGCUGCUUGUUCUGUACAAAACCAACUGGAAUAAAGAAGUAGGAGAAACCAAAUGUUUUUCUUUUUCUUUUUUGUUUUUGGGUGUUGUAGGGAAGGAAAGAAGGUCGGAGCAGUUUUAAUGGCAAAUUGUUGAAUGAUUAUUGCAGGUGGAGGAAACUUCAGGAAGGAUGCAGAAAUGGACUGGACAGGACAUUGGAACAGAGAGGAGAGCUGAAAGCUAAAAGAAGUGCCAUUGGGAUGUCUCCAUCCACAACUGCUGCAACCUUUGUUUUUCUUUCUUUUUUCUGUGUUUUUGGCUGAGGACUUUUCAUUUCGUUUUUAAGUUGUAGGGGUUGUAAUAAACUCGGCAAUGUCUGAUCUUGACACAAAUAAUAUGGGUUAGGUUGGAAUGCUUAGAUUGACUUUUAAGUGUUUAAUUUUUCAGAUACAACCCACAAAGACCCUAAAUGAGAUUUAAUUGCAUAUAAAUUGAACAAGCCAAUUUGGAUAGAUUUAAUU